AGUGGGCGCACUAGUAAAGAAAGUAGCGUCAUUAGAGCGCCGUCUCAAGUUGGUAUGAACACAUGGAAAAGAGGUACAAGGAAAGAACAAUGUUUGUUUUACCGUACUGUUGACAGUUUGCACGUUUAUGUUGUGAGGCAAAAUAUAUCUAGAGCACUGACGCGAUCAGCUGAUAACGUCAUUUAGUGUAGUGUGUUUGAGCGCGUGACCUCAGAGGCUGCAACAAUGCGCUUACACUUAACCUGGCCACUGUUGAAGCAAACUGUCAUUAUACCAAAAACAUGCUUCAGCUAUUCAAUAACCAGCCGCUGUGCUGUCAAUACUGGCUGUAAGCCUGUAAAGAGAAGAAAGGAAAGGAAACCCAAACUACCUGCUGACUGGCAUAGCCUCUCCUGGGAAGAGAGACUGGCUGACACCGUGACUCCUCUGUGGAGAAUGAGUUAUGACGAACAGCUCCAGUGGAAACAAGAGAAGCAGUACAAGAUCCUACGUGAGAUGACAAAGCAACUAUCUCAGGAUUCAACUCACUCUUUUUCAAAUGACUUAAGAUUUCCUCUCCUUGCCAUUGUAGCCUCACCAGUGAUUGAUGGAUACCGCAAUAAAUCAACUUUCUCUGUCAACAGAGGGGUAGAUGGGAAUCCAAAAACUGUUGGAUUUUAUAUCGGCAAUGGUAAAUCAGGUAACAUAGUCUGUGUCCACGGUGACCAUCUCUUGAACAUGCCUUCAACACACAAGAUGGUUGCAAGGCACUAUGAAGAUUUCCUCCGCCUCUCACCACUCAAACCGUGCAUUUUAUUUCACGAAGGCGGUCACUGGAGAGAAAUCACGAUUAGAACUAAUUCCGCCGGUCACGCGAUGGCCAUAGUUUACUUUCAUCCUCAAACCCUAACGCCUGAGGAGAUAUCCGUCCAUAAAGCUGCUCUUGUGGAGUACUUCACGCAAGGUCCUGGAGCAGUUUGUCAACUGGAUUCUCUUUACUUCCAGGAGACCACAAUGACCCGUUGCAGUCACGAACAAUCCCCCUAUCAGCUUCUGCACGGACAGCCUCAUAUCUUUGAGGAGGUGCUUGGCUUCAAGUUUCGCAUUUCUGCUGAUUCUUUUUUCCAGGUGAAUCGUGGAGCGGCGGAGGCUUUGUACAAGACUGUUGCGGAGCUGAAUAGGGCUUGUGUUGGAGGCACCUUGCUGGAUGUUUGCUGUGGUACCGGAGCCGUCGGCAUUUCGUUGUCACCACAGAUGGAGAGAGUCAUUGGCAUCGAGCUUCUUGAGCAGGCGGUUGAGGACGCCAAGUUUAAUGCAGCGGUAAACAAAGUUCAAAACUGUGAAUUUCUCUCAGGCAAGGCGGAAGUUGUUUUACCGAAUCUGAUAGCCACUUUGAAUUCGGAUGGCGGGCUGACAGCUGUGGUGAAUCCGUCCAGGGCUGGCUUGCAUUAUCGAGUUGUCAGAGCUUUGAGGAACCACCCAGGCAUAAGAAGGCUUGUCUAUAUAUCAUGCAAACCUGAUGGGGAGGCAAUGAGGAACUUUCAAGACCUGUGCUGUAGUUCAGACUAUAAGAGGAAGAUCACUGGAGAAGCCUUCAAACCAACUGUGGCCAUCCCUGUGGAUAUGUUUCCACACACUCCUCAUUGUGAACUUGUGCUUGUGUUUGAGCGAUAGUGACUGUUUUGGGAUUCAUUUGGAUAAAUGACUUUUUAUUUGUGCCAUUAAAUGUCAGUGGAAAAUUUUAAAUGCUUUUUUUCUCUCGUUAAAUAUUUAUUAUAGUUAACAAAAACUAAAACGAUAAAAGAAAUUUGGUAACACUUUACAGUGUGUCAUUUGAUAAUGUUAGUUAAUGUAUUAACUAACAUGAAAGAACAAUUAACAAUACUUAUUACACUAGUUAAUUAAUCUUGGUUAUAGAAAUUAAUACUUUUAUUUAGUAAGGAUGCUUUAAAUUGAUAAAAAGUGAUGAUAAAACCAUUUAUAAAAUGUUACAAAAGAUUUCUAUUUUAGAUAAAUGCUGUCUGAAACAUAAUAUUAAAUGUUUUGAUCAGCAAAUCAGAAUAUUAGAAUGAUUUCUGAAGGAUCAUGUGACUGGAGUGAUGAUGCUAAAAAUUGAAUGAAAUCAGGAAUAAAUGAAAUUCUAAUAUAUAUUCAAAUAGAAAACAGUUAUAGUAAAUAGUAAACAUUUCAAAAUUGUACUGCUUUAUAAUAUAUAUAUAAAACAGUAAAAUUUUAAAAUAUUUUUACUAUAUGUAUAUAUAUAUAUAUAUAUACACUACCGUUCAAAAGUUUGGGGUCAGUAAGACUUGUAAUAGUCUUUAAAGAAGUCUCUUAUGCUCAUCAAGGCUGCAUUUAUUUGAUUAAAAAUAUAGAAAAAAAACAGUAAUAUUGCAAAAUGUUUUUACAAUAUAAAAUAAUGUUUUUUAUCAGCUGUUACUCCAGUCUUAAGUGUCACACGAUCCUUCAGAAAUCAUUCUAAUAUGCGGAUUUAUUAUUAGAAUGAUCAAUGUUGGAUAAUAUCAACAGCUGUGCUGCCAAAUAUUUUUUGGAACCUGUGAUUUUUUUUUUCAGGAUUCUUUCAUGAAUAACAAGUUCAAAAAGUACAGUGUUUAUUCAAAAUAUAAAUAUUUUAUAACAAUGUAAAUUAUUUAUUAUUAACUUUUAAUAAACUUUUA